AUGCCUUGUACGCUUUCUCUUUAUCCUACAUUUGCUCCAAAACUUGCCGUCUUUCUAUUAAUCCCUUUUCCUUGUCAGGUCUCCUGCCAGGCUUCAGAGCUGUCUGACGAGCAGCUAAAGGACCCUGAACUGGUUGCUGGGCGUCGGCUUCUCAGUCUGCAGAGUGUAAGUGACGUCAACUUCUUCGUCUACACCCGCGGCGUCUUCGACUACGAGGCGACGCCUCGCGUCGCCCUCUUGCUCGUCUGCCUCGAUGCCGCCGAGAUGAGCCCCGGCGUGGUUGCCGGGGCGACAAGAGUUCCACCAAAGGAGCAUCAAUUGCGCAUCACACUGGCAGUGGGUGACAUGAACGACAAUCCGCCAGUCUUCGACCAGCCGGAAGGGUAUUCCGUCACCUUGGCCGAGAACUCACGACCUGGCACUCUGGUCGUCGAGGUGCACGCCAGUGAUCGGGACAGCCACCGAUUCGGUCAGAUCACCUACGAACUGGGCGUGAUUCGAAGCACGGGUCGGGCGCAACAGUCGUCCCGGCUGGAGGCCGUUCCGCCCUCAAGACUGCAGGCCGCCUUCGUCGUCGACUCGACGACCGGACGGAUUGAAGUCGGCCAGUCGACGUUGCUGGAUCGCGAGAGCACCGAUCGUCUCAUUGUACCCGUCUUGGCCCGAGACGGCGGCGGCCUCGUGACCAGCGUCGAGGUUGAGGUCCACUUGACCGACGUCAACGACUGUCCGCCAAGACUCGAUCCCGCCACAGCGACGCCCAACUCCGAGUCGGGCGGCGGUGGAGCCUUCGAGGUGCACGAGAACGCGCGAGUCGGCAGUCUGAUCGGCCGGAUCCGGGUCGUCGACCCCGAUCUGCUGGCCAACGCGCGCAUCCACCUCCGGCCCUCGCCCCUCAUGAGCCCAGAGGUGAGCAAGUAUAUCCGGCUGACCCGGGAUCAUGAUCCACGUCGUCCGGACACCGCUUGGCGACAGACGGAACGUCUGCCCAGCAAUUCGGUCGGAGGGGAGGCUGGCGACGAUCCCAGCAGCCUGGAGCUGGUCGGGGACGGUGUCGUCUCUGCGCUGUUGGUCACUCAGAUGCCGGUGGACCGAGAGGCCUACGCCAACCUCUUCUACGAACUCAUCGCCUCUGACUCGGGCCAGCCCAGCCUCAGUGCCACGAUGACCCUGUCGAUUCGAGUGCUCGACGUCAACGACCACCAACCCGAGCCCGUCUUUCCGCCACCCAACAUCACCCUCGGCUACAAUCCUCCCGUUUACACCAACUCGCCUCUGGGCAGUCUGGUGUGCCAAGUGCGUGCCGACGAUCCGGAUCAAGGCGAAAAUGGUACCAUCCUGUUCAGUCUGAUGCCGGGCACCAACGGCAGUCAUCUGUUUCGCAUCAACCAGACCUCGGGUGGCAUGUACACGGCUUGGAUGUCGAAUGUGGAGCUGCGCACCGGCGUCGGCUGGCCCGCGACGGAGGCAGCG